GUCGAUCACCAUCAUGGUGGCCCCAGCACGUCAACUUCAGCAGCCCCUUCGGCACAACCGCCCACAACGUCCGCCCUCGAGGACAGCUGGUUCUGGGACCCGGAGCAGAACGUGUCAUCCACUUCGUCCUCCUCGAAAAAGGACGACGAAAAUGAUUCGCCACGAUCCGGAACGGAUCUGACCACGAUCCCAUUGGAAGCGCCAGCGUCCGAAAGCGAAAUCAUUGAACGGCUGCACCGCCAACUGAACGACAUCCGGCAUCAGCUGAAGAAGCAACAGCUGGAGAAUGCCCUCCUGAGCGAGAAGCUCACGCAGGUUAGUAACGAAAACCGAGAGUUAAACGAGAACAUCGAGGAACUGGACCGACAGCACGAACUGGUAGUGGAAAACCUGCUGACCGCCAAGAAGGGACUGCUGGAAAAAUGCAACCGACUAGAGGAGGAUCUGCGGGUGAUGCAUGGCGAAGCCGCUGUGACGAGGGAGCUGGACGAGCUCAAAGUCAGAUACGGCAAGCUGGAACAGAGUUAUGUAGGGUCCUGUCAGGAAAACGUGAGGUUAAAGGCCGAGUUGGAGAAGGUUGUCGUUGAAAACGUAGAAAUAGUAGCAGGUUUAGAAAGGAAACUCGAUGAUUUGCAGAAGAUGUUUGAUCAAUCAGAGGACAGGCUUCGAACGAAGACAGCAGAAGCCAACAAGACGGUCACGGAAACGAUAGAACUGGAACAGUUCCUGGCCGCGCUCAAAGAUGACAACGAGUACAUCAAAACGGAACUUGAGGAAACGCUGACUCGAUGUGGGCAGCUCGAAUCGGAGAACCUUGCCAUGAAAUCCGAGCUGAACGAACUCAAACAGAAAGCCGAUGAAGAAGUAUUCGUUGCAGUGCCACCGAAGGAAGACCAAGCCGAGAUCGACGAGUUGCGUCGAACACUGGAUCAGCUACGAUCAGAAUCGGAACGAUGGAAAACCGAUUGCGAUCGGCUACAGGAGGACAACCUGGCACUGCAAAAAGCCGAGAAAGACCUUCAAGCAAAGCUAGACGAGCAGGAGAAACUGCUGGAACGAUCGGAGCAACAGGCCCUUCAGGAAGCGCAGCUUCAACAGUUGCGCCAAGAGGUUAACGAACUUCAGAACGAACUCAAGAGCGUCAUCAUCGACAACUCGGUUCAGCUGGACGCCAAAGAAAAGGAAUGGCAAGACAAGCUGAACUUCCUGAAGGCGGAGAACACUCGCAUCCAGCACGGCAAGGACACACUGGAGGCGGAUCUGCUGGAGUACGAGAAGGAAUGCUCCAGCCUGAUGAAGAACAACGACGUGCUGAUAGCGGAGAUCGACAACCUGAAGUGCAAGAAGCUGGAAACGAUCAACGAGAACGCCGAGGAUAGCAUUGUGAUCCUGGAGAAGCAGCUGGAGGAUUGCAGCCGGCUGAACAAAAGCCUGGACGACGAGUACCGGGAGAUGAACAAGAAGCUGGAGGAGGUUCUCGAGGAACGGGAAGAACUUGAAAUGAAGGUGGAGAGCUUGCAGAAAACGUUGGAUGAAAAAAGCAAGUCGAUCAAGGACCUUCAGCUGGCGGUGGAAACGCUGGAAAGCGAGAAGAGCAGUCUACUGUUUGAGAUUAAUGAGACGAAAUCGAGGGAAGCCACACCGGAAGAGUCCGGUGAACUCGAAAAGUACAAAUCGCAGACGGAGAGUCUGCAAACGCAGCUGACCACCAUCAACGAGGACCACGCCGGGCUGGUGCUGAAGUUGCAGCAACUUCAGCAGAAGUCGGUGGAGAAUGUGAAGACGUUCGAAGGUAAGAUAGGCGACUUGAGCAAGAGUCUGGAGGCGAAGGAAUCUGUGAUUGUUAACCUGCGGGAAGAGUUGGAAAGGCGGAGCGAAGAGGUGCAGGCGAUGAGGAUUGAUGGUGAAAAUGCGAUGCAACAGGAGCUGGAAGUGUUGAAGGAACGACUGGAGGCCGAAUCGACCAAGUCUACGGCCUUGGCCGUGGAGAAAGAUGAGCUGGAACAGCAGUUGACGCAGAAACUGGAGGAGUUGAAUGAGACCCACCGUGCCAAGCAAGCCGAGCUGAAUCAAACGGUCGAGACGCUAACCCAGCAGAAGGACAAUCUGGUUCAGCUGAUCACCGCCAAGCACAACGAGAAUGUCCAGUACCAUGCGGAAAUUCAACGGCUAAGUCAACUUCUGCAGGUAGAACUUGCAGCGCGGAACGAAGUCAAGCCUCCAACGGAAUGUCCCGAAUGCCCGCAGUUGCGUGAAAAGCUCGCUGCUCUCGAGUCGCAAACGAAAAAACUGGAAGACUACGAAAAGAUGACCGAUCAGAUCCAGUUUCUGCGGGAAAAAUCCGAAAUCCUCACCAACAACCUGCUGAUCGAGCAGAACAAUCAGAAGGUGGUGCAACAGGAGAAGCAGGAGGCGAUCGAGCAGAAGAACAGCCUGGCCAAGGAUCUGGACCGACUGCGGCAGCACCUGCUGGAAACGGAGGAAGCGCACACCCAGGAAACGGUGGAACUGCAACAACGGUACGAGGAAACCCAGCGGAAACUGCAAGCCCUCGAGGAUGACGUGAAGAAGUCCACCAACGCACUAACGUCAGCCAGCAUUCGGGCGAAUCAGCAUGCCGAAACGCUGCAGGCGCAGUAUCACCUGUUGCAGCAGCAACGGGACGAGCUGGUGGCGAAGCUGAAUGCGGCCGACGACAGGGACCACAAGAAUCAGGCCUCGCUGACGAAUCUGCAGUGCGCGCUGGAGCAGUUCCAAAUCAGUGAGUAUAUUCUCGGAUCGUUUACGUAACUUGUUGUGCCUUUC